AUGGAUACUGAUACGAAUACAAAUCUAAAGAGAAAGGAAACUGAAGAUAAUGGUGAUACCAAAGAUGGAGGAGCAGGAGAAGGAGGAGAUUUGAAAAGAAUGAAACAAACUGGGAUUGAAGAAAAUGAAGAAGCAACUACUACAACAUCGACAACAUCGACAACAUCGACAGUAGUAUCUACAACAUCAAAUACAAGUAAAGAUAAUAAUGAUAAUACAAGUAAUGAAACAAAAAAGAAAACAAACUACUUUAAGGGAAAGUUUAUUUAUGGAAACUACAAAAACUAUUACAAGUAUCGACAUGAUAAGGCUGAUCAAGAAGACCUUAGAUUUCAAGUACUCGGUAAAGAUCUCUUCAAGGGAAAGAGAUGUCUCGAUAUUGGUUGCAACUCUGGUGUUGUGACUCUAAAGAUUGCUUGUGACUUUGAACCUUCCUAUAUCAAAGGUGUAGAUAUCGAUUUGGAUCUUAUCAAAAUUGCAAAUGCCUCCCUAAGAAAUGAAAGAAUUAAAUUAUUUAAUGAAAAGAAUGGUAUCCCCAACAACAAUAACAAUAAUAAUAACAAUACGAAUCAAUCUAAAAAAGAAGAAGAAGAAAAAGAAAAAGAAGAAGAGAAAAAAGAUGUUGAAAUGAAAGAAAUUGAUAAAGAGAUAACCACCACAGCGUCAACAACCUCAACAACUUCAACUACUCCAACAAUUAGUAAUGAACCAUUUAUACCAAUAUCAUUUAAAUUUAUAAAGAUGGAUAAAAAGGAAGUAGAAAAGAAACCAUUUGCUCAACAACAAAACAAUUACAAAGAGAUGAAUAGAAAAUUACAAGGACAAGGGUAUUUGACAAAUAUUGGAUUCUAUCAACAAAACUUUUUGGAGGAUCACAAGUUUGACACUGAAGGAUCGUACGAUGUAAUCAUGGCACUCAGUAUUACCAAAUGGGUGCAUUUAAAUUGGGGUGAUCAAGGUAUCAAGGAUUUCUUUAAAAAGAUUUACAAGCUCUUAUCAAAGGGUGGCGUAUUCAUUAUGGAACCACAAAAGUUUAGAGGUUAUUCCAAGCGUAAAGGUCUCUCUAAAGAGAUGAUUGAAACCUACAAUACCAUCCGUUUCAAACCAGAAGAAUUCACAGACUAUCUCAUCAACCAAGUUGGUUUCAAAAGUUGUGAAGAAUUACAAGCUGUCCAAGGUGUUAAAGCAAAAGGUUUCCAACGUUCUUUAUUUAAAUUAAUUAAAUAA